AUGAAAAGUUCCAGUCGCUGUUGGCUAAUUCCCGACACCCGCGUCCUAGUCAUCCUCUUCUUCUUUGCCAACAGUCAUCUCGGACCCGCAGCGGUCGGGGGCUCGAAACUCGCAGCAGGUGCCGUUGCUCAUGCACCGUUCGAAAUGCUAACGGGUAACAUCUACGCACCGUCGUCGCUGUUAACGUCGCCGUCGCAUUCGAUAGCCGGAAAUCUCAGCUACGAAAAUCCGACGUUUCGGCGGGCCAGAUCCGUGCUGCAACGCCGACAGUACGGUGGGGAAGAUGUCGGAAGAUCUUCGGCGGCUGCCUGCGCACGCACAGAUGGGGAAUGCAUGUCUGUACUGCAUUGCUAUAUUUCGGGAGGACAGACUACCCGUCGUUGCGGCGGUUCGAUAUUCUACGCGUGCUGCUACAAGCCGGUAAUGACUCGCAGUUCACCCAAUUUCGACCUUGGCUCCGUGCUCGGCUCGGCUAAUGCGCUACCAGUUAGUUUCGGAGCUCCCGGUAUUGAAACUGAAAAAGCCAUUGAAAGCGGCUUCGACGAUAACGCUGUUUGCGGCCAGACAAGCAAUCACAAAAAACUACAAAGAAGAAUUAUUGGCGGGGACGACGCGAACUUUGGCGAAUUUCCUUGGCAAGCUCACAUAAAGAUCGGACGCCAGCAAUGCGGAGGGGCAUUGGUCAGUCAUAAUUACGUACUCACGGCGGCGCAUUGCGUUCAUCUCAACCCGCUGCGUCGAAUCACCGUCGUGCUCGGUGCGUUCGACAUCCAGUCGACUCGGUACGCGCGGAGCUCGUCCGCCCGAACGUACCGGAUCGUCGAGAAGAAGAUCCAUCCGAAUUUCGCGUUUUCUGCCUCGCAACCGGACCGCUUCGAUGUCGCGCUGCUCCGAUUGGAUCAGCAUGUUCAGUAUCAAGAGAACAUUUUGCCCGUUUGUUUGCCGCCGCGCGGAUGGACAUUCGAAGGUUGGCGAGCGACUGUCACCGGGUGGGGGAAAACCGAUGCGUCGCUGAACAACCGUUACGGAACGCGAGUUCUUCAAAAAGUGCAAGUGCCCAUCAUUACGCGACAGGAAUGUGAGAAGUGGCAUCAGCUCCGCGGCAUCCACAUCAAGAUCUUCCCAGAAAUGAUGUGCGCCGGCUACAAGGAGGGGAAACGCGAUGCAUGCGUAGGCGAUUCAGGAGGCCCGAUGACUUUAUUCCUGAACGGUCGAUGGACUAUCGUGGGAAUAACCUCGGCCGGUUUCGGAUGUGCGCAGUCUCAUCAGCCCGGAAUAUAUCACCAAGUCUCAGUGUCGGUGGAUUGGAUACUCGCGAACCUCUAG